UAUUUUGACGGGGCUUAGAGGGGAGGGGCGGGGAGGGACGGCGCUUCACGUCAGUCAUGACAAGCGUGGCGAUACCGCCACUGAUCCGCUAAACAGUAUAAAGAUCUCUCGUGGCGAACGCGGCCAACACUUUUGUCUGAUAACUGGGCUCUUUGAGAGAUACUUUAUCCUGUGGUUUUCCUAGCGGAGAAGCAGAAAGUGGAAAAAAAGAAAGGACAGCAGCGAUUAGAUAGAGGUAGAGUCGAAAAAAAGAACCGAGUGCUCCUAGGUAGUUAUUUCUCUACAACAGGCAGGGGCGCACCACCAACCAUAGUAGUGUUACUCUGUCUUAUUCCUCGCCUCCUGUCGUGGCUAAAAAUACUCGAAACUGCAGCGUAAAGUUCUUAUCUGCUUCGCGAGUGUGUUGUGUUUUUCUACCAGGACGAUAUUGUUUUCAUUCCACAGGGCGAGGCUCCGUGGCAGUGUUUCUUAUUGUUGAUGGUUAGUUCAACCUUGAAGUAGUUCCAUGUUUAGAAACGGCCAUCGAGUGACGUACGAGACACUGAAGGCUAUCAUGGUUUGGACUGUAAGGUGUGUUCUACGAGUCGGCGCUGUGGCGUAUUGGUAAAGUUUACUGUGUUGUUGUUUAGGUUUAUUGCCAUAAGACUGUAGCAACCCUUCUUGGGUGCAUUUGUACUCUCUGUGAAAACAUUACAACUGCUCGACUUGAGUGAUAAGCUCACAUAUCAACGUUUAAGUAAAAGUGCGGUGGUAAAGAUGGGUUCACCUCAGAAAGACGGCGUUUUGGAUGGACCAGUGACUGCUGUGAAGCCGAAGGGAGGAAAUCCUUUCAGCAUCAGCAGAGUUUUAGCAGAUGACUUCGGAAAGAACUUUCGUCACGGGCUUCCAGUGAAUAGCAGAACAGCACAGCCAGACGUGUCUCCACACGCUGCCACCGCCUCCUCUGUGUUCUCUUAUCCACACAGCGCUCUACAGCAUCAACAACAACAGCAACAACUUCUUCACCACCAGCAGCAGCAGCAGCAGCAGCAUCUUCCGUCUUUUAUUCACAAUAACAAUAAUAACAUUACAAGUGAAGUAAAUAAAUCGCUGGUAGAUUCGGCUUCGAGAGACGCCAUGACGGUGUUUCGUUACGGAGAUCAUCCCAGUGACCACGAGAAGUCUUUAUCUCCACCUCACAGCACCCGAGUUCCUCACAUCACAGACAGACACACUGACGUACACACAAACGGACGCUGCUCCAGUGCUCGCAGAGAUCUCUCAAGCCCCACAUCCUCACACGGCUCGCCUGAACUGCGAGAUUCGAACCCUACCGACAGCAAUAUCAUCACAACAUCCUCGACCUCAGACCCAGCCGGCGAACCUCGACUCUUCCCUUUCCACAGAGACCACCGUUUUAGCCCAAAUUCGCAUUUUGAGGCUAAUUCUCAGUUUGAGUCAUCAAACUCGUAUUUCAACUCGAAACCUCCUCACUAUCUCCAGAACUGCCAGUACUCCCCGGGUAGUGCUAGCGACGUUCAUGAACGGGAUGCCCAGAGUGGGAAUCGGCUUGUGUCCAGCACUGAAGAGUGUGGUCCGGGCGGCAGAGACUUCACAGAGCGGGAGAGUUCUUGUGGCUCCCCUGUGUCUUGUACAGAUUCUGUCUUCGACAAAGAGGACCAGAACAAUAACACAGACAUUGACGUCGACGAUGAUAUCAGUGACUCAAAACUAGACAAUCAGGAAAACGGCUGUGGUAACGAGGAGGAGGUAAAAUCAGAAGACGGCGUCGAUAAAGAAGACGGUGGGGCUGACGAUGCUAGUAGUACAGCCAAUGAGGGUGAGGAAAAGGAGGAGAAGAAGGAGGGAGAGAAGACCGAGGAGGAAAAGAAAAACGAGAAGCCUCCUUUCAGCUACAACGCUCUGAUCAUGAUGGCGAUCCGCAGUAGCCCCGAGAAGCGCAUGACGCUGAGCCAGAUCUACGAGUUUAUCACCAAGAACUUCCCUUACUACCGGGACAACAAGCAGGGCUGGCAGAACUCCAUACGGCACAAUCUCAGCCUCAACAAAUGUUUUCUCAAGGUGCCCCGCCAUUACGACGACCCUGGCAAGGGCAACUACUGGAUGCUGGACCCCUCCUGUGAUGACGUCUUCAUCGGGGGAACGACAGGGAAACUUCGGAGACGCUCGUCUCAUUCCGCCAGAUCCCGCCUCGCCUUCGGCCGCGCCGGCUUCCCUUAUAUGGGUAUGGGUGGCUUCCCCCGAGACGGCCACCCGGCGCUCUUGCCCUUAUCUCCGUUCUACUCUCUCCCUGGAGUGGUCAAGCACCCAGGAAUGUACUCCUACCUCGGACACAACCUCCUUCCCCCCGCCCCCGGGCUAGACAGCAACCACGCAGCCGUCAUGGCGCGGCUUCCGGGUAUUGAAAAACUUCUCAUGCACGGAAUGACCUCCCCUGCAGCAGCCAUAUCAGCCGCAGCCGCAGCAGCAGCAGUGUCUCAGUCCUCCCUCCCCCGCUCCCCGCCCACAGCCGCUUCCCCGAGAGGCCCACCCGUCAGUAACCCACUCCGCCAAUUCCCCCCUCCCCACUACGCGAGUCUUCCCUCCCCUCUCCCCGCCUCCCCGUUUCUCAUACCUGGCUUCGGACACUUGUGCUCAAAAUCGGUGGGAAUUUCUUCCCUCGCAUCUGGUCCAUCCCCGCCUACGUCAUCAAUGCACAGGAAACUGGACCAUAUGUCCGAAAAUCCCCACGAAGGACACAACACUUCACCGGUCAGCCUGUAUCAACACCUCCUCAGACCUUUCUCAGGACAAGGCCUCGAUUCGGGCAAACUCGUCACGCCAAUGAUCUCGAAUUAACUUUGCAGAAAUACACCUACGUAAUUAAUUUUCUGUUGACACUUACAGUGAUGAGAGACUCAAUGGGUCGCUCAAGAGUCUAUACUACCUCGGCUUUCUGCUGAAGUUUGAUUCUACGUCCACUUUGGGUAAACUUUGAUCCUGGGCAAGCAUGAAGCGAAAGUUCCCGAAAUGUAUUUAUAAUUAUUAUGAAUAUUAUAGAAACAAUCCUAUACUUAGCCCUGCUUGGAGCUGAACCUCAGGAGCCAACUUUGUGCAAACCCAAAACAAUAGAAUUGAAUUAUGAAUAAGAUUUAUCAAGUCUGUUCUCUGAACUUACCUCAAGGUGCAAGUUGAGCGUCACAAGUUAACUUCGGGAAAAUCCAGAACCUGAUUUAGCGUGCAGCUAAGCUAAAGAUUGCAUUCUGUUUCGCUGAAAAUCCCAGGAACUGUGCGCAAUAUACACGAAAUAGUAUACAGUAUUGUAUAUUUUAACAUUAUUAUUAUGUGUUAUGAGCUAAGUCUCAAAGACUUGAACAACUUGAAGAGUUGCGCAUGACGUCAUGGUCUCCCGUUCAGAGAGCUGCCACAUCUCAAGUAGCCUAUAUUGUGUUGUAACAAGAGUAAACUGUGUUGCAGACACUUACAGAGAGUCAGUUUUCUCUGCUUUCCACCAACAUAGAGUAUGGAUCCCUGUUGAUGAGACUAUUUAAUCAUGGAAAUUUGUUCUCAUGAAGAGCAAAUUUUCGUCACAAGGGUCUUCCCGUAGAUGAAUGCUAAAUUGUAGAUGAUGUCAUUGACUCAUUGGCGUGACGUGGCCUUUGCGGUGUUUGUGUGUGUGUGUGUGUGUGUGUGUGUGUGUGUGUGUGUGUGUGUGUGUGUGUGUGUAUCU